ACACAAUUCGCGGAUAGCCAAUCAGGUCCGUGGUUUUAAUUUGUGUAAUUUCUUACCAUCUGCUGAUUGUCAGUGCAUAAAGUUGAAUUGGCAAGACUUUUGUUAGCCCUGUGAACUUAAUUUUGUGUCAACAAGAUUCAAUUGUCGCUACUCGCGAUUAAGCCGGCAACACAAUCAACGCGCACGUGUGACGCUAACGUAUAAAUAUACCCUAGAAUCAAAACGUUUGCUCAGCUUUUACAUUCCAUGUUAAAAUGCUGGAGGAAGAGCUAAGCGAAUAUUUUUUGUGCAAUUUCAACGAUGCACAGCAGCUGGAGGAUUUGCCGGCUGACGAGCGUCUGCGAAAGCUGUGGGCCAGCCAAGAGCUGUGGACCGUGGAUGAGUUACAGAAAAUUAUCAAACGCUGGCAGGACAGCCCACAGCAGCAGCCUAAUGGGAACGAGGAGGCAGCGCAAUUGCUAAAUGAUUUUCUGCAAUUAAUUUUCGCCUUUGUGCAAAACAAUUUCACCGGACCCUUCGAUAAGUUGGCGGCCUGCACAGAAAUGCUGACAGAUUUGCAGCUGGCGCAGAGCGAUGCCCUGGAGCAGCUAAAAGCAAGCGGCGAGGAGCUGAAUCCAAAUGUGAAGACUGCGCAAUUGUUGCUUAUAGCAAAGCAAAUGCUCGAUACUUUAAUUGCUGCUCAGCCCACGUCGAAGCUGCUUUGCUGGUGGCGUAUGCGUAUAGUCUGCCUGCAUCAGCACAUACUGGACGACUUGGCCAGCGCUCUUUACGAGCAAUUUAAAUUGGCUGCUGUCGAGCUGCGUCCUCACGUGACAGCCUUUGCCCAAAAGGAGUUGCAGGCGCUGUUGCUACUCGAAUUAGCCAAUGGCUAUUUGCAAUUUCAUCGUUCCGAUUUAGCAUGCCAGACGCUGGAUGAGCUAUGCAAGCAUCUGCAGGUCGAACUGACGGUAGAGGGCCUACUGGGCGUGCGCACUAAGUUCCAGCAGAAGCCACUGCCUCAGCUUUGCCUGAAGGUGGUGCAGCAGUCGGUGGACCUGGGCUUGCCAACGGCACUGCUGAGCAAUGCGCAGACAGCGCUGCCUCAACUGCUGCUCCUUGAGGAUGAUACGCGUCUGGAGCGCAUACGCUUUAUCGAGCCAAAGGACAACGAGGUGAUGACACUUCCUAGCGUUCUGCAAGCGCUCGUGCUGGCCAAGGUCAAGCAACUGAAGCGUUCCCAGCCCAAGGAUCGCUUGGCAGAUGAGCAGCUGGAGCCCUAUACGCAAACGCUUCUCUAUCAGCAGCAUGGACCGCUGCAGGUGCGCCAAGCAGCGCUGCUGCUGAACUGCCAGCAAGAAUCGGGCCAGCGGCGCACUGUCGAGCGCAGCUGGAAGCAGUGUGAGGAGUGCGUCAAGCUGUUGGACAACGUGGAGAAGCAUACGCUGCGGACACGGCUAUCCUACGGCUUUGCCGCCUUUCUGCAGCCCAAGUGGCAGGUACAGCUGCAACUGGUCGAUCUGCUGCGUUCGCUGGGCAUGACAAAGACUGCGCUGGAUAUAUGCCUGCAGAUCCACGCCUGGCAGCAGGUCAUCGAGUGCUAUACAAGCCUUGAGCUGCGCCAUAAAGCAGCAGAGAUUAUACGGCAAGAGCUAGAGAAGCAACCCACCGUUCUACUGUACUGUCUGCUGGGCGAUGCUGUUGAUGAUCCCCAGUGCUACGAGCAAGCGUGGCAACAUUCCAAGCAAACGAGCGGCAAGGCGCAGGCCUAUUGGGGCAACUACUUCUAUAGGCGCGCGGAUUUCACGCAGGCCAUCGGGCACUACGAGCUGUCGCUGGAGAUCAAUGCGCUACAGGAAUCGAUUUUACUGCGCUGCGGGUACUCUGCCAUACAGCUGGAGCGCUGGGAGGCGGCUGUCAAAUGGUAUCUCGCCUACACGCAUCUGGAGCCAAAUGGUUUUGAGUCUUGGAACAAUCUGGCCAAGGCUCUUAUCAAGCUGGGCGACAAGGAGCGGGCACAUCGUCUGCUCGGCGAAGCGCUCAAGUGCAACUACAACAACUGGAAGGUGUGGGAGAACUAUAUGCUUGUGUCGGUGGACACCAGCCACUGGGAGGAUGCGAUGCGUGCGUAUCAGCGCCUCGGCGAGCUAAAGCAGCACUUUCUGGAUGAGGAGGUGCUCACGCGCAUUGUCUACGGCAUUGCCAGGCAAAUGCAGUCCGAUUGCUCAUCCGAAGCCAUGUCCAGUUCGCUGCAACGCCGCAUCACUCAGCUGCUGGGCCAACAAUGUGUGCAGCAUGGCAACGAGCCAAUGGUCUGGGAAUUGUCCGCCUUGGUUGCGGCGACGCCACUUAAAAAGGCCGAGCGGUUGGUCAAAUCGUAUCGCGCUUACACGGCAAAACAGCUUAACUGGGAGACGAAGUCCGCACACGCCAAGAAGGCGUUGAGCCUGUGCCUGGAAGCAGCUGAGCUGGCACUGGCUGCCAUCAAGGACCAUGCAGCGGAUGAAAGUGAGGCCAUGAUUACAUCGCAGCUCAACUCCAGCCGCCUAGCUGCCACUUCCUGCCUGAAUGCGUUGAAGCGUGCCAGCCUAGUGGAGGUGCCGAAAGAGCAGGCUGAUCAAAUGCAGCAGCUGGAGCAGCAGCUCACAGAGUUGACCAGCAUUGUGCAGCAGCGUAUGCAACGCAACUAGUCCGUCGGCUCCUUGUACA